UGACCAUUUUGCCCUCCUCGACACUGAAACUGAAACCUCUCCUUACACUUUGCCAGCAGAGACACCUGAUCUAGUGAUCUAUCAGAAUCCAAUCAAUCAAUCACCAAUUUGUUGUUGAGAAGUUCUAAUCCCUCCCAUUGAUUACUCCUAAUCACCCUUUCCACCUUAAUUAAUCCAUUUCUUUCUUUAUCUCUUUCGCUAGCCAUUCGCAGCCUCUUACUCUUCCCCCUACUUACUCUCCGAGCACCUGCCAUCGACGGUCACGAUGCCGGGCUUAGUUUCCGUUAAAACUCCGCCCGAAACGGCGUCGCUGAGGAUCUCUGUACCCGAAACUCCAACCCAAAGCCAGUCCCAAAGAUCCGAACCCGGGAGCGCCAAACCGCCUUCUCCGCUACCGAAGCGAGUUCCUUCGCCGUCGCCUUCGAGGUCAAAAUUCUCGCCAAGGAAGCCUCCGCCCGACCCGGAGAUGAACCCGAACUCGGAGUCCGCGCUCGACAACCCGGAUCUGGGCCCGUUUCUACUGAAGCUGGCGCGCGACACGAUCGCCUCCGGGGAGGGCCCGACGAAGGCCUUGGACUACGCGCUCCGCGCGUCGAAGUCGUUCGAGCGGUGCGCCGUGGACGGCGAGCCCAGCCUGGACCUGGCGAUGAGCCUGCACGUGCUCGCGGCGAUAUAUUGUAGUUUGGGGAGGUUCGACGAGGCGGUGCCGGUACUUGAGCGGGCGAUCCAGGUCCCGGACCCUCCAAGGGGUACGGAUCAUGCGCUGGCCGCGUUCUCGGGACACAUGCAGCUAGGGGACACGUACUCGAUGCUGGGACAGGUGGACAAGUCGAUCGCUUGCUACGAGGAAGGUCUGAAGAUUCAAAUCGAAACCUUGGGAGAGUCCGAUCCGAGAGUCGGUGAGACUUGCAGGUACUUAGCUGAGGCCCAUGUUCAAGCAAUGGAGUUUGUUAGGGCAGAAGAGUUGUGCAAGAAAACUCUUGAAAUUCACCGUGCACACAGUGAACCAGCAUCUCUUGAAGAAGCAGCUGACCGCCGGCUGAUGGCUCUCGUAUUUGAGGCAAAAGGAGAUUAUGAAACAGCCCUUGAGCACCUUGUCCUUGCCAGCAUGGCAAUGAUUGCAAAUGGGCAAGACACUGAGGUUGCUGCUAUUGAUGUCAGCAUUGGCAACAUUUACACAUCUCUUUGUCGCUAUGAUGAGGCUCUCUUUUCCUACCAGAAGGCACUCACGGUCUUCAAAUCAUCAAAGGGUGACAACCACCCUUCUGUUGCCUCUGUCUUUGUACGCCUUGCUGACCUAUAUCACAGAACCGGAAAGCUCCGAGACUCCAAGUCCUACUGUGAAAAUGCUCUGAGGAUAUAUGCGAAGCCUGUGCCUGGAACCACCGCAGAAGAGAUUGCUGGCGGGUUGACUGAAGUAUCGGCCAUUUAUGAGUCCGUGGAUGAGCCUGAGGAGGCACUGAAGCUUUUGCAGAAGGCGGUGAAAAUGUUGGAGGAUAAACCAGGACAUCAAAGCACGAUUGCAGGAAUAGAAGCACGGAUGGGAGUGAUGCUUUACAUGGUUGGGAGGUAUGAAGAAGCAAGGAACUCUUUUGAGAGUGCUAUAGUAAAACUAAGAGCAAGUGGGGAGAGGAAGUCAGCCUUCUUUGGGGUUGUGUUGAACCAAAUGGGAUUAGCUUGUGUACAGUUGUUCAAGAUCGAUGAGGCGGCUGAGUUGUUUGAAGAGGCGAGGGGGAUUCUAGAACAGGAGUGUGGCCCAUGCCAUCAAGACACCCUUGGGUUAUAUAGCAAUCUUGCAGCAACCUAUGAUGCUAUGGGGAGGGUAGAAGAUGCAAUUGAAAUCUUGGAGAAUGUCCUUAAAUUAAGAGAAGAAAAGCUUGGAAUUGCAAAUCCUGACUUUGAAGAUGAGAAAAGGCGGCUAGCCGAGCUUCUGAAAGAAGCAGGCAGGACCCGAGACAGAAAAGCAAAAUCACUGGAAAAUCUCAUCGAUCCCAGCUCAAAGAAGACGAAGAAGGAAGUGACAAAGAGGUGGCCAAGCUUGGGUUUCAGAAUUUAAAAAAACAUCCCUCUAACACAUCUUUCUGCUUUCCUACACCUGCACAUUCUGUAGCAUAGAAGAUCAUGUACAGGAUUGAAGUUGUAAUUUGGUGAGGUUUUCUGUUUCUUGAGCUUUGAAAUCUCCAAUUAUUUUGAUAUGUUCAUUGUUUUUCUUUGAAUGUCGGUAUUGUGAGCUUGAAGUUGUUCACCGAAAGGAAAUGCCCAUUUGAGUGAAUAAAUUUGAUUACAAUGUUUGUUCAUGGUCA